AGCUGCCUGCCCUUACCGUUGAGGGGGAGCUGGCCCAAAGGCGCUUCCCGAGCUGCAGAGGGGAGGCCGUGGCGGGGCCCCGCUGCCCGGCGGGCAGGCGCUGAGUUUCCCCGGUGAAAACAAGUUUCUAAAAUACAGUAAGCAUUUUCUGACUGGUGGCUGGCUUGAGAAGACCAUCACCAAGCUGCGUGGGGACGUUCUUUGAGCUUCCACUCUUACCUCUCUCAUGGACAAACACAAAGUGAAGCGGCAACGCCUGGAUCGCAUAUUUGAAGUAAAAGUUUGAACGCCGUCCAGGCUACAGAGGUUGCAGUGGAUAAGAAGUUUAAGAGCUUUGGUUCAAGAUUACAGGAGGCUGCAAGACAAAUUAAAGACAUGAAAAUGAGGAUGGAAUGACAGGCUGCUAUUUUGCCUCAGAAUGCUGAAGAUUGUAAAGCAUUGAGAAAUCGAAUUCAUGACCCUGGAAAUCAAGCUCAGAUUAAGAGAUGUCAGGCAUUCGACCUCCAAUCAUGAACGGGCCCAUGCACCCGCGCCCCCUGGUCGCGCUGCUGGAUGGCAGGGACUGUACAGUAGAAAUGCCUAUUCUGAAGGACGUAGCCACAGUGGCAUUUUGUGAUGCUCAGUCUACACAAGAGAUUCAUGAAAAGGUACUAAAUGAAGCAGUGGGGGCACUGAUGUAUCACACUAUCACUUUAACACGAGAAGACCUGGAGAAAUUUAAAGCACUUCGAAUAAUUGUCCGAAUUGGCAGUGGUUUUGAUAAUAUUGACAUCAAAUCUGCUGGAGAUUUAGGGAUCGCCGUGUGUAACGUGCCAGCUGCCUCAGUAGAAGAAACAGCAGAUUCUACCAUGUGCCACAUUCUGAACCUCUACAGGAGAACCACCUGGCUGCACCAGGCUCUGCGGGAAGGCACGAGAGUACAGAGCGUGGAGCAGAUCCGGGAAGUGGCUUCUGGGGCUGCCAGGAUCCGAGGGGAGACCUUGGGCAUUAUUGGAUUAGGGCGUGUUGGGCAAGCAGUAGCACUACGUGCCAAAGCCUUUGGCUUCAGUGUGAUCUUCUAUGACCCAUACCUCUCGGAUGGCAUGGAGCGAGCUCUGGGACUGCAGCGGGUCAGCACCUUGCAGGACCUGCUGUUCCACAGUGACUGUGUUACCCUGCACUGCAACUUGAACGAACACAAUCAUCAUCUUAUUAAUGACUUCACCAUCAAGCAGAUGAGACAAGGGGCUUUCCUGGUCAACACAGCUCGAGGUGGGUUAGUAGACGAAAAAGCACUUGCACAGGCCCUGAAGGAAGGAAGGAUACGAGGGGCAGCCUUAGAUGUACAUGAGUCAGAACCAUUCAGCUUUAGUCAGGGCCCCUUGAAGGAUGCCCCAAACCUGAUCUGUACCCCACAUGCAGCCUGGUACAGUGAACAAGCCUCCAUCGAGAUGCGGGAGGAAGCUGCGCGAGAGAUCCGGAGGGCGAUCACAGGUCGUAUUCCAGACAGUCUGAAAAACUGUGUUAACAAAGAUCAUUUGACUGCAGCUACACAUUGGGCCAGCAUGGAUCCUGGAGUUGUUCAUCCAGAGCUUAAUGGUGCUGCAUACAGCAGGUACCCCCCAGGCGUUGUAAGCGUGGCCUCCACCGGCAUCCCAGCAGCGGUAGAAGGAAUAGUCCCCAACCCCAUGUCUUUAUCACACGGCCUCCCCGCUGUAGCCCACCCGCCCCACGCUCCUUCCCCUGGCCAAACUGUCAAACCAGAAGCUGAUAGAGACCACCCCAGCGACCAAUUGUAGCCUAGGAGAACAGCAUUCCCAGCUCCGGAGACUCCGGCUUCCGCGCCCGGAAACAAACCAACGAAACCCUGCAUUUGGAGUCAAGGCAGAACCACGAACUUAACAGGAGGAGACGAUUCUUGUUCUAGAAACUGGUCCAAUUUACAGUGUGAAAGGAAAAGGUGGGAGACAGGAGAGAGAAAAAAA